AGGGAUUAAUAAAUGUCCUCGAAAAAAACCAUCCUUGAGACAGACGCACGAAUUUUCUCAAUAGCUUAGCAAUCAUGGCUGGAGACACGGAACCUUUCAGCCCUAAUAAUGUAGUGGGUCUGGCAGCCAGAGCUCUUCAGGCAAAUGGCAGCUCCGAGGUUAGCCUCAAGACUCCUUACGAAGCUGUCGCUCUCAUCGGCCAUGCCUGCAUGAUUGCUGCCGGUUUCAGAUUAGUCGGCCUCGACGAAGAACAUAGCAUAGGCCGCCCCGAAGGUCCCUCGCUUCCCACGGAAUGGAAUAACAAGGCUACACUCUCUUUCCGAUAUGCCCAUUCGCAGUCCUCAAUGCAAUACCUCCUCAAGGUUGAUCGAUUAGGGAAUAAUGUCGUGGUUUUUGCUUUGGCCUUGGGCGAUGACAGGACGACAACCUUUGAUCUUCCCGUGAAAGACUGGAUCUCCGCAUCAGCUCUACCUCUACGCUCCACCGCUGACCUGACAAACUCCUUAAAGGAUGUUUUCAUUUCAGAUGCUCGUCUCAGAGAUUUGAUCGCAACCUUCCGAACCCAGGUAAUACAGAAGCUUGCUCCAGGGUUGGGUAAGGAGGGCCAGGAAACCUCAACCCGAACUACCGAGAGACAGCCCGAGAGAGCUCCUCAGCGCGACCCCCUGCGCGACGAUACACUUCCACCACCGGCUGCUCGCCCAUAUCCAUUUAAUGACCCCCUUGCAGUAGUACCUUCCCGCCGACCCGUGCCUCCCGGCGAUUUCCCCCCACCAGGGUUCGAAGACGAGUUCGAGAUCCAACGACCCGCUCGAGGAUAUCCCCCUGGGUUUGGCGGUCGGAACCCACUAAAUCUUGGAGAAAGAGAUCUGUAUCCUGCCGGCCUGGGACCACACGAUCCGAUACGGGGAGGAAUUGGCCCUGGUCUUGGUGGUGUGGGUGGUGGUGGUGGCAUGCAUCCUACCUUUGAUGAUCCCCUUUUUGGAGGACCCAGAGGCGGCGGAUACGAUCCCCAGGCACCCCCAGGAGCACGAUAUGACCCAGUUGGACCUGGUCAAGGUGCGCCAUUUGGUCGAGGACGCGGUCCUUAUGGUGGACAAGGCUCUGGUGGGGGAUUUGGCGGAUUUGGCGGAUUUGGCGGUGACAUCAUCUAAGCGGGCACAAGAAAGCUUCCUGAAAAACGAAAAGUGGGAAAUUCUGCAUGAAAUUUACGACCAGACUGAAUGUGUGUAUGAGUAACUAUUAUUGAGUAUUGUACGUAUAAUGAAUAGGGUAAUGAAAAUAAUGAUUGAUG